AUGUUCGAGCUGGGGGACAGCCCGGCCGGCACCCUCGGCCCACCCACAACUUGGAGGCCCCCGCACUACGACGGCAUCGAGAGCCUGGCCAUCCUGGGCGGCGUGCUGUUCAGCGGCUCCCGCGACGCCGGCGUCAAGAAGUGGGACCUGGAGCAGCAGGAGCUCAUCCAGCAAAUCCCCAACGCGCACAGGGACUGGGUGAGCGCCCUGGCCUUCGUGCCGGGCCGGCCCCUGCUGCUGAGCGCCUGCCGCGCCGGCCUCCUCAAGGUCUGGAGCGUGGACGGCUUCGCGCCCCUCGGCGAGAUCAAGGGCCACGACAGCCCCAUCAACGCCGUGUGCACCAACGGCAGACACGUGUUCACCGCCUCCAGCGACUGCCGGGUGAAGCUGUGGAGUUACGUGCCGGGACUCACCCCCUGCCUUCCGCGCCGGGUCCUGGCCAUAAAGGGCCGAGCCACGACCCUGCCCUGA